AUGUCUGAUCGUGGCCCUGACCAGUGGCUAGAGCAGAUCAAAAAAUGCAGCUCGCUCUCCGAAUCCGAUAUGAAGCAGCUCUGUGAGUUAGUAAAGGAGCUUUUGAUGGAAGAGUCCAAUAUUCAACCUGUUCAAUCUCCGGUAACAGUUUGUGGAGAUAUACAUGGUCAAUUCCAUGACUUGUUGGAACUAUUCAAGAUUUCUGGGGGUUUGCCCACGGAGGACAAUAAUACCAAUUUCAUCUUCUUGGGUGACUAUGUGGAUCGAGGAUACUUCUCCUUGGAGACAUUCACGCUUUUAAUGGUCUUGAAGGUGAAAUUUCCACACCGUAUCACUUUGGUGCGUGGAAAUCACGAAUCUCGUCAAAUUACACAGGUGUAUGGUUUCUACGAUGAGUGCUUGACAAAGUAUGGAUCCACUACGGUGUGGAAGUACUGUUGCCAGGUGUUUGACUUUUUAACUCUCGCGGCUAUAAUCGACGGAAAAAUUCUCUGUGUCCAUGGAGGUUUGUCUCCAGAAAUCCGGAUGCUUGAUCAGAUCCGUGUUUUAAGCAGAGCACAGGAGGUACCCCACGAAGGAGGAUUCUGUGACUUGGUGUGGUCUGACCCAGACAAUAUCGACACAUGGGCUGUUUCUCCCCGUGGUGCAGGCUGGUUGUUCGGAUCGAAAGUCAGUCGGGAAUUCAACCAUAUAAAUAACUUGGAGCUCAUUGCUCGAGCCCAUCAAUUGGUCAUGGAGGGUUUCAGGUAUCAUUUCAAGGAUAAGGAUGUGGUCACAGUAUGGUCUGCUCCUAACUACUGUUACAGGUGUGGAAAUGUAGCUAGUGUCAUGCAAGUUGGCAGUGAAUUGGAGCCCAACUUCAAGAUAUUCAGCGCGGUUCAAGAUGGCGACUUGGCAGCAAAGAACAACCAUACCAAGCAACAGCGCAUUGAUUACUUCUUGUAA